GCAGCAGUGGUCAUCCUCGUCCUCAUGGCGGCCGUCGUGGCGGCGACAUCACCUUCUGAAGGAGAUAAUCCAAUACUCUUGGCGGCAUCAGAUCCCGGAGAGAGUUCAUUACCAUCAGCCACAUCUCUUCCAGAAGAUGGAAAAGAGGGCAAGUUCUUCAUCAAGUCUUACUCAACCACCACCUGGACCUUCUUGUCUUCGUUCACCUCAACUGUUCCAUACACCUGUUACACCACUGCUGCCGCUGUCAGGGCAUGCGGUGGUCGCAAAGUUCGGCGCUUGAGGUUGCGUUCUAUGGACCAAAGCAACGACGAGGUGGAACUUCUCAGUAGCAUUAAGGAGGACACCUUGGCGGACACUGUGGGCGAGUCUGAGCGACAGAAGUUCUUCUUCACUCUGUGGAGGACAGGCAGCACCACCGUCACCGUCACCACCUACUCCACCAACCGUUCCGUCACCGUCUCUAUCUCCGCCAUGUGUACAUAUCCUGGAAUUGUUCUAAACUUAUGUUAGAACGUUGAUGUUGCUGAGGACUGCCGUCCCUCUUUAAGAUCUCUUAAACUCUCUGGCUAUUAAUAUUUUCUUCUUUCCAUGACCAUGCUAUGAAGGUCAGAUUAUGACUAAUGCAUCAUAAGUGAACAACUCUCUUAAAUACUGAAGAUUUUCUUGUAAAUAUUGUAUGUACAUAACUGACCCCUUUUAAAUACAUAAAAUUGCAGUAUGAA